CCAUCGUUUGAGCGUAAUAAAAACCUUGUCAUCUGUACAACUUGGUACUAUGUAUAUGUAUUAAUUGGUUUGGAUUUCGUCUGCCUGCUUGCAGCGACUGAUACCAUUUUCUAUCAAUUUCUUCAAUAACUGUCAAUAACUAUAUUAAAAUGGCUACUAUCGCACGCAAUCUGCGCCCUUAUUUAAGAUAUAUUCGUAAUCAAAAAAGAACUUACGCCGAUGCACCCGCUAGCAAUGAAAUGAAGUUUACAUUGGCUGGGGCUAAUCAGGUAUUUUAUGACGAAAGUGUUAUUAAACAAGUAGAUGUGCCAUCAUUUUCUGGUUCUUUUGGUAUUUUACCAAAACAUGUUCCUACCUUGGCUGUAUUGAAACCAGGCGUAGUCACAGUAUACGAAGAAGAUGGGGCAGUCAAAAAAGUUUUUGUUUCUUCAGGGACAGUCACUAUAAAUGAAAACAACAGCGUACAGAUUCUAGCGGAAGAAGCUCACCCCCUGGAAAAUCUUGAUGGGACUGCAGCUAGAGAACUUCUUAGUAAAGCUCAGCAACAGCUUUCAUCUGCAUCGUCGGAACAAGAGAAAGCUGAAGCAGCAAUUGCGGUUGAAGUUGCAGAAGCUUUAGUACAAGCUUUGCAGUAAACAUUGUGCAACCAUUGUGUAUAUAUUAAAAUAUCAUUCUGUAUAACAUUAAAUCCUUAGGCAACAUA